UGAUCAUCCCUACUAACUCUAACAACCUCCAAAAACCCAUAAAUUAAAACCCUUCAACUUCAACUUCAACCCCCAACAUCCAUCCAUCCUAGGGUUGGCUGAUAUGUCACUUUUCCCACCUAGUCGGUCUCCUCAUAAUAAUGCUCAUGCAAAUAUGGUAAAGAUGGAGGAGAAGGGUUUAAAGCAUGAAAUUAUUUCAGAGGAAGAGAUGAAAAUCCGGCGAGAAAUUGAGAAUGAAAUAGAGAGAGAUUUGGAGGAAGAGAUUAAGGGAGGGAUAUACCAACAAGCUCUCCGCCUUCACCGCCUUUAUCACUUCCGGAAAAAUUCCUCUCAUAUUAACCCGGCGGCGAAAGCCAAGAAGGAGCUUUUGGAGGUAAAUAUCAGCAUCAAAAUGGAUGGGGGGACUAAAAUGGAAAUAAAAGAGACAAAAAAGGAGGCGCCGCAGCCGGAAAGUCUCCGACCGAGGACUUCCCGGUCCAACACUUUCUCUCGAUCUGUCCCGGAGAUGAAAAGGUUGGAUUGGGCUAAGUCUCUCCGGUCGAGUGCAGCGCCGGUGCCGUCUCUCGGAAAGAAACGUCAGGUUUGAUUGGAAUAAUAUAUACACUUCCGAUACUUCCCAAUAUAUGGUGUGCGUUGAUAAGCCGACAUGUCGUUGUUUAUUGGAAAUAAUGGAAAGAUUUUUUUGUUUGUUCCUUUUUCACAAGAUUUUUUAAUUUUUCUUAAAACCAAAAUAUUGUAAAAUUUUUAUACAAAGUGAGAUAAUUUGACAUAUACUAAUUUGGAAUUAUUGAGUAAUGUAUAAAGUAUAUAAUAUACAUGCAUGAUUUCUCUUUA